AUGAACAACAUGCAAAAUGAAACCUCAAGCGUUAUGCAAUUGAAAAUGCAAGCUCUAUCUAUUCUCCGAAUGCCCCCUUCAUUUCACAAGUCUAAAGACGUUGCUCCCAUUUCUUUGAAGCUCAACCAAAAUUUCAUUGGUGAAAAUGAAAUCCAAAUUGACAACGAAGAAAAUUUUGAAGAACAACAAGAGUUCAUUUUUGCAUGCUUCAGUACUCAAGGAAUACUUACAUUUGCUGAUGAGAUACUUGACAAUGGCAAGAUCCGUUUAACAUCUACUACUUCUGACCAUUCAGUUGGUUUUACCAUCGAAGAAGACAAUGACACCGUAGCUCUUCAACCACCAUUGAAGAAGCUCUUUGUUGGUGAACAACUCAACAAUUUUUUCUCACAAUCAAAAGGUACAUUGGAAGAAUCGUGCAAUGGGAAUUCACAAAAAAUGGCAACAGUUGAAGUUGAGACAUCGAACAACAAAUGCAAGAAGAGCAAAUCCAUGGGUUUCUCAAACACAUGUAGACUGCCCAAAAGCACGAAGCUUCGAAGCAACAGUGAUGGCAAACACACUUUUGUUCUCUUGAAUCCUUUGGGGUCAAUGCCAAUGAAGUCCAUUGAGGCAAAGGAAGAAAGUAAUGUUUCAAAAAGAGGAAAAGAUGGGAAAUGCAAAACAACCUUGUCACCUCACGAGAAGUUUUAUGUGAUGAAUAAAAAGAGAAAGGAAACCAAUAAGCGAAAGUCAUUCUUGCCUUAUAGGAAAAACUUGAUUGGGUUCUUCACCAACAUUAAUGGAUUUAGUAGGAUCCUUAGCCAUUUUUGA